AUGACGGCGGUCAUCAACACGAUCCCACAGACACACAGACCUCCAUCUCCAGUGCCCAGCUGUGUGUCCAUGAAGAGUGAUGCAUCCAUUGGUGGUUAUCCUGACUUCAGCAGUGAACCAGUUCCAUCAGGUGUAGAGUUAAGGGCUGAUCUGACCCAGGAUCUAGGACCCAGGAGACACCUGCACACUGGACAUACACCAGGCAGAAAGAGGGAACUAGAUGAGAACCUGAAGAGAAUUAUAAAGAAUCACAAAGCCAGUCUGAAGAGGAGGUUUGAGAACAUCUCUGAAGGCAUCAUCAAACCAGGAGCUGAGAUACACCUCAAUAAGAUCUACACAGAGCUCUACAUCACAGGAGGAGAGAGUGAAGGGGUGAAUAAGGAACAUGAGGUUUGGCAGGUAGAGUCAGCGUCCAGAUCUCAAUCCACAGAGGACACACCGAUCAACUGCAACGACAUCUUCAAGCCUUUACCUGGAAAGGAGAAGCACAUCAGAACUGUGAUGACCAAAGGUGUUGCUGGAAUUGGAAAAACUGUCUCAGUUCAGAAGUUCAUUCUUGAUUGGACAGAUGGGGUGGCCAAUCAGGAUAAAGAUUUUAUGUUUCCGCUUUCUUUCCGUGAGCUUAAUUUAGUCUGGAGUAAUCAGUAUAGUCUUCACAGCCUCCUGCUUGACUUCCACCCUGAGCUGAAGAUACUGAAUGAUGGUGAAGGAUACAAAGACUGUAAGGUUGUGUUCAUCUUUGAUGGUUUGGAUGAGAGUCGGAUGACUCUGCACCUGGAGCAGAAAAGUGAGUUGUCUGAUGUGAAACAAACAUCAUCAGUGGAUGUUCUGAUGACGAGCCUCAUUCAGGGAACUCUACUUCCUUCUGCACUCAUCUGGAUAACCUCAAGACCAGCUGCAGCCUGUCAGAUUCCUGAUCAGUUCAUUGAUCAGGUAACAGAAGUACGAGGAUUCAAUGACACACAGAAGGAAGAAUACUUCAGGAGGAGAAUCAGCGAUGACAGUCAGGCCAACAGAAUCAUCUCACACAUUAAGACAUCCAGAAGUCUCCACAUUAUGUGCCACAUUCCAGUCUUUUGUUGGAUUGCAGCUACUGUACUUCAGCAAAUUCUAGAAAAGAAAAACAUCAAAGACAUUCCCAAAACGCUGACUGAGAUGUUCAUACACUUCUUGCUCAUCCAAACCACAAGAAAGGAUCAGAAGUAUCAGAGUGGAUCUGAAAAAGAUACAAAGAAACUUCUGGAAUCUCAGAGGAACAUUUUACUGAAGCUGGCAGAACUGGCUUUCAAGAAUCUAGAGAAUGGCAACCUCAUGUUUUAUGAGGAAGACCUGAGAGAGUGUGGCAUUGAUGUCAGUGAAGCCUCAGUGUACUCUGGCAUGUGCACUGAGAUUUUCAAGACAGAAAUUGUGGAAUCUCAAAGGAAGAAGGUCUACUGCUUUGUGCAUCUGAGUGUCCAGGAGUUUCUGGCAGCUGUGUUUGUGUUUCACUCGUAUUUAACUAAGAACCAUGAGGCAUUGGAAUCCCUCUUCAGUGAUGAGCGUAGAAAUGAACUCAAUCCAUCAAUGUUACAUUCUUUUCAAUCAGCACUAAGAUUAAAACCUCAAAACGACUUAAAUGUUUUACUUAAGAGUGCAGUUGAUAAGGCUUUGGAGAGCCAGAACGGACACCUGGAUCUAUUCCUUCGCUUCCUCAUGGGCAUUUCUGUGGAGAGAAAUCACAAACUUUUGCAAGGUCUACUGAGCAACACACUCAACAGUUCUCACAGUAUUAAGGAAACAUGUCAGUACAUGAAGAAGCUGAACAGAGAAGGUCUCUCUCCUGAACGAUGCAUCAAUCUUUUCCACUGCUUAUUUGAAGUGAAUGAUGAUUCCAUGCACAAAGAAAUUCAGACAUACUUGUCUUCACCAAAGAACAUCAAGCAAAACUUAUCUCCUGCCCACUGUUCAGCGCUGGCCCACAUGCUUUUGAUGUCUGAGGAGGUGCUGGAUGAGAUUGACCUGAAGAAAUACAACACAUCAGAUGAGGGACGCAGGAGACUGCUCCCAGCUGUGAGGUGCUGCAGAAAGGCACGACUUGCCGAGUGCAAUCUCUCAGAGAAGUCAUGUGGAAUGGUUGCUACUGUUCUACAGUCACCAAACUCACUGAUAGAGCUGGACCUGAGUCAUAAUGACCUGGGAGAUUCUGGAGUCCAUCUUCUCUCUAAAGGAUUGUCUAGUUCCCACUGCAAACUGCAGACCUUAAGGCUCAGUAACUGUGGUAUCUCAGAUGAAGGUUAUGUUUGUCUGGCUCUGGCUCUGAUGUUAAACCCCACCUGUGUAAAAGUACUGGAUGUGAACAACAAUCAUCCUGGAGAAUCAGCACAGAAUCUGUUAUCUGCUACACUGGAGGAUCCUCACCAAAAAGUUGAAGCACUUCAAUUUGCUGACUGUAAACUCACUGAUAAAUCCUGUGAGAUUGUUACUUCAGUUCUACAAUCACCAAACUCACUGCUACAUCUGGACUUGAAUCACAAUGAUCUGGGGGAUUCUGGAGUUCAGCUUCUCUCUAAAGGACUGUCCAGUUUUAACUGCAAAAUACACACAUUAAGGGUCUCUGAUUGUCUCAUCACAGAGAAGGGUUGUGGUUUUCUGGCUUCAGCUCUGUCUUCAAACCCAUCCCAUCUAAAAGAGCUGGAUCUGAGCUACAAUCAUCAUGGAGAAUCAGGAAUGAAGCUGUUAUCUGCUAGAUUGGAGGAUCCUGCCUGUAAACUGGAGAUACUUAAAACUGACCCUGCUUUAGAACAUGCUUUAGACAGAGCAAGAGCACGUUUGCUGAGAUGCUCCAGGAGAGUAGGAGCGUAUGUGGACCGUGAGGUCGGCACUCUGUCCUUCUACAGCGUCUCCUCUAAUACUCUCACACACCUGCACACCUUCACCACCACAUUCACUAGUGAGCCCCUACAUGCAGCGCUUUGGGUUCUUAAUACGGACUCAUCAGUAUCACUGAUCUAGACACACACACAUUCACACACACACACACACACACAUCUUCUGAGUCCACAGAGAUACACACACACACACACACACACACACACACCUUCUGAGUCCACAGAAAUACACACACACACACACACACACACACACACCUUCUGAGUCCACAGAGAUACACACACACACAAACAAACACAGGCCUGGUGCCUGUACUGUUAAGCUGACAAAUACAGAGCAUGUGAGCUGUACUGAGUUAUUAUUGUAAUCUACCAUUGUAAUCUACAGUAGUAUAUAAACACCUUUAAUCUACCAAUCACAUGUGAGCUGUACUGAGUUAUUAUUGUAAUCUACCAUUGUAAUCUACAGUAGUAUAAACACCUUUAAUCUACCAAUCACAUGUGAGCUGUACUGAGUACAAUAUAAACACC